AUGGCAUGCGAGCCAGCUUAUAACGCGGAUGGCUCUGGUUCGAAUCCUGGUGAAGCCGCUCUCAGCCGUCGAUCAGCACAAUCAGAUCGGUUGAAUGAAUCACAGCCGUCCAUCGCAACCUCCGUGCGGGCUCCUGUCUGUCCCCAUCACCGUGUGAGAUCAAUCCUCCUCCCUCUGCUCCUCUCCUCCCCUCUCUCCUCCCGCCGCUCCAAUUACGAUGGUGAAAUUGACGGUCUUGUUGGGAGUGGCAGUGCAGCGGAGGGUGGGGAUUGCAGCAGUGAAAGAUCCAACAGCUUUCAAUCAGGACAUAACAGCAUGCACCAUUCUGCUGCUGCUGCUGCUGCUGCUGCUGCUGCUGCUGCUGCUGCUGCUGCUGCUGCUGCUGCUCCUGCUCCUGCUGCCACUGCUGCCGCUGCUGCCGACGCCACCAGCAGCGCCAUACACUGGCCAUGCCUGGCAGCUGCUGGGAACCUUCCUUCCAUCGGGCUUGGGGAAGUUCACAAGUCUGGUGCCAUCGACUCUGCUUCCAUUCAACCUGUCAUGUGCAUUGAGUCAGCUUCAGCUGUGGCAUGUAAAGGGGCGUGUGCGCGAGUGUGCCUGCCUGCUGUGGUGCCAUGGCCGUUUCUCGGGGGGGAGGGGGAUGUGGGGGUGCAUUGGACAGAAGAUGGUGUGAGUCACAGCAGGGGCCAUGAAGCUAGUGGUCUUGAUACCGUUUCCUAUGAUGCCAUGCGGAAUGAUGAGCAGCAGCAUGAGGGCAAGGACGGCUCGGGAGUUGAUGCUGUGAGAGGUGAUGCUAUGGGUGUUGACGCCAUGCAAGCCUGGGAGCGAGAUCUGGCUGGGGAGGAGGUUCGGGAGCUGAGGAAGAGGAGCAAGAGGUUCGAUGAGUGGGUGUUUAUGGUUGUGCCUUGGAAUGGGGACGAUGGGGUUGGUGCUGGUGAUGGGAGUGUGGAGGGAAGGGGGAGGAGUGGGGCGGAGGGGAGGAGGGGGAGUGGGGAAGGAAGGGGGAGGGCUAUGGCGGAGAGGGAGACAGGUAGAGAGAGCAGAGGGCGAAGUAGGGGCCUGCAGUUUUCCCUCAACACGCGCUUUUCCCUCCCCACGCUCUCCAUCUCCGACCUUGGAGUACCUCCCUCCUCCUCCCCUUCCACCUCCUCCCAUCCAUCUACCUCCUCCCAUCCAUCUACCUCCUCCCAUCCAUCUACCUCCUCCCAUCCAUCUACCUCCUCCCAUCCAUCUACCUCCUCCUCUCACUCCACCUCCUCCGCUCCCUCCGCGCCUCACCUUCCUCGAAAUACCUCCUCCAUCCCACGAGCCUCAUCUGCUGUUUUCUCAUCGGCAUCAGCAGGUGCAGCAGCAGCAUCAGCAGCAGGGGCUUCACCCCGAGACGUGGCUGCUGGAGCAUGCAGCAGCGCGGUGGGGCGUGGGGUGUGUGCCUCGCUUCCUGGUUCGGGCGGAGGCUCGGGCGGAGGCUCGGGAGGAGGUUCGGCAGGAGGUUCGGCGGGAGGCAUGGAUAGAGUUGCAGGAAGGCUUGGGGUGAUGGCAGCAGGAGGGCCAACGUGGACUUCUGUUCCUCUGGUUUGGAAGGGAGGAGCGAUCAAGGGGAGAGGAGAAGGGAGGCAGAGGGUUGGUAGGGAGAGUGAAGAGGAGCGUGGGAUGAAGAACACAAAAUUGGAGGGUGAAUGGGAUGGGGAUGAGGGAGAGAAAGGGUGGAGGGGAGAACAAGAUGGGAUGGGAGGGGAUGGAGAGUGGGAAGAGGAGGAAGGAGUGGAGAGGGUAGAAUCAGGGACAUGGGGUGACGAGGAAAAUACAGGGGUUUCUGAUAUGGAUGACAUGGACGAUCGAAUUGGUUGUGCUGGCGUGGAUGAUGCAGAUGCUGACGAGGGUGGUGGUGACGAUGAUGUGGAUGGUGCAGACAUGGAGGACGAUGGGGAGAUGAUGCAGGAAGCGAUUCUGGGAAGGGUCAAGACUGCGACUGUCCUGUCCCUGUAG